AUGAUUACGUGUAUUGGCAUCGUUGGAAUUAAGAGCAGGGGCUGGAAGCAGGACUUAGAUAAUAAAAUCGUAAAGGCGGCGGAGGCAGUGGCGAUAAUGAUAUCGAAAGAAUUUUCUCGAACGUUUUCCCCCCCUUUUCUUACAGGUCGUCAACCCUACGUUUACAAUGAUUCCAAGUGUCCACCUUUAAUCGGUUAUCAAGAUUACAUUAUCAAUGGCGUUGCUGCACCGGAAGGAAAAUAUCCUUACAUGGUAUCAAUGAAGAUGAAAGAUGGAAAGGGUCACGUUUGCGGUGGUUCAAUUCUUACUAAAAAUUGGGCCCUGACAGCAGCUCACUGUUGCGCGGCAAUGAAAGACACCGAAGGGUACAUGUACGCGGGAUCAAAUUUAUUAUCGAAAGGUGGAUCCGAUCACGAUAUUGUUUCGUAUAAAAUCCACGAAAAAUACAAUCCUAGCCUCAAUUGGAUAAACGACGUUUGUUUGGUUAAAGUUAAACAACCAUUCGAAUUCGGACCCAAAGUUCAACAAGUAACUUUACCGCUACAAGGAUGGAAAGUCUACGAUCAAGAUUCCGUUUCCGUUACCGGAUGGGGAUACAUAGAUCCGUAUAACAGAACCGUACCUGAUAAUUUACAACUCGGUGGAAAUUUCACAGCCAUCACCAACACGAAAUGCGAAGAUUUAACAACUUACAACCACGAAAGUUAUCUUUGCGUAUUGGGUAACGACGAUCGUGGUGUAUGCAACGGAGAUUCCGGAAGUCCUUUGAUGAAAAAUGGCGUACAAGUUGGUGUUACGUCAUGGGUUUUCCUUCCUUGCGGUUGUGGUAAUCCAGAUUUUUACGCACGGGUACCACUUUUUGUCGAUUGGAUCAAACACAAUCUAGGUUCGGAAGCUGAAGAACUUAAAUUUACCAAAGAAGAUAAAUCUACUGCCACGCUUAUUUUUUUUCAUUUUCGACUUUGA